AUGGCUACAAGUGAAGUGUAUUUGUCAGACGAGGGAGCGGCACUGGUGCGUGAUCUGCUUGACAAGUACCCCAAAUAUAUUCGUCCAGUUAAGAAAGAGAGCACACCAGUCGUAGUUACGCACCGGCUUACACCCAUUCAGAUGAUUGACAUGGAUGAAAAGAACCAAAUUAUCAUGAUAAAGUGUUGGCUAAGUCAGAGAUGGACUGAUGAGUACUUAUCAUGGGAUGCAAGUCUGUAUAAUGAUAUAACUCAGAUACAAGUACCUAUUGUUGAAAUUUGGCAACCGGAUAUUACGUUGUUUGGAAGUGUAAGUGACGAGUUUCAACGACAUUACGACACGGACGCAAUUAUUGACUCUGACGGCACUGUCACGUCUUUACAGCCUUUCGUAAUCCGUUGUACAUGCGGCAUUGAUGCCACCUACUUCCCUUUUGACGAGCAAGAAUGCAAGCUUAAGUUUGCCUCCUGGAGUUACGACAUUAAGUUUCUCGACAUGCUCGCGGACAAUAAAAGUGACACCGACAGAUUUGUGCCAAACGGGGAAUGGGAAUUGGUUGGAAUGCCAAUAAUACGAUCAGAGGAAAAAUACGUUUGUUGUGACGAUCCGUUCCCAGACAUCACGUACAUCAUUCAUCUGAAGAGGAGAUCCUUGUUCUACAUCUUCAACAUCAUUUUCCCGUCAUUCCUUGCGUGCGUCUUAGUCGCCGUUGGAUUUUACCUGCCUUCAGAUUCCGGCGAACGGAUUACGUUGUGCGUGACCAGCAUCCUCUCUCAGUUUGUGUUUCUGACAGUUGUCGGCGAAUUCAUGCCACCUAACUCGGAAUACAUCCCGCAUUUACAACGAUAUUUCUUCGUCUCGAUUGGACUUGUUGUGGUGUCUGCGGUUGUCACUGCCUCUUCGUUAAGUAUGCACUUCAAAGGACCAGGAUGUGAGGAAGCCCCACGCUGGCUCAAACAAUUCGCAUUCCGAUUCUUAGCUCGAAUCACGUGUACCGAAGUACGCUUGAAGGGUAGGUUUACGAGUAGUUAUUUGAGAAGCACUCGCAGCGCUCGAAGGAACUCCAUAACCAGGAACUCUAUGGCUACUUAUAGUGGAGGAGAGGAUAUACCAUUAGAGCAGCAAAACAAUAUUUGUAUGGACCAAGAGAAAAGUGGACCGGAGACCCCGAUCGAUUGUGAAACUCGUUUGAUGUCUAAGCCUACUGUAAUGAACAAUCGUGGUAAUGUCCAUUACAGGGUAGAACGUCAUGUCGAUAACUUAGACAUAGAAGUAUACGAGAAGCGACUACGUGAAUGGCGUGAAGUUGCAAGAAUCAUGGAUAGGUCCUUCUUUAUUUUCUAUAUUGCAUUACUAGUGUUGUUAGUCACCGGCUUCUUGUCAUCCAUUGCAAUUAGUGCCAGUAAUAAACACAGGCUUGCGGCACAAGAAAGUCACUAA